CAGGCUACCGCGCUCCCCUUGCUCAGUCUGACUGGCCCCAUGUUACUGAGCGGAGCUCCUCCCGCGGGCUCUGGCCCGGGCCCGCGGGCUCAGGGAAGCGCUGGAGGCGGCCCGGGGGGGUCCCGCCGGGGCGCUGGCGGUGCUGGAGCAGGCCCAGGAGGGGGCGGCAGCGGCGGAGUAGCGAAGUGGCUCCGGGAGCAUCUGGGGUUCCGCGGGGGGAGCGGCGGAGGAGGUGGGGGCAAGCCGGCGCCCCCGGAGCCCGACUACCGUCCCCCUGCGCCUUCCCCGGCCGCACCCCCCGCGCCGCCCCCCGAUAUCCUGGCCGCCUACAGGCUGCAGCGAGAGCGCGACUUCGAAGACCCCUACUCCGGGGGAUCGUCCGGCUCCAUAGCCCUCGCCACCCCCGUAGCCCCCGGCCCCACGCCGCCCCCGCGCCACGGUUCACCCCCGCACCGCCUUAUUCGGGUCGAGACCCCUGGGCCCCCAGCUCCCCCUCCCGAUGAGCGGAUCUCUGGACCCCAAUCCAGCAGCGAUAGGCUGGCAAUCCUAGAAGACUAUGCAGACCCCUUUGAUGUUCAGGAAACUGGUGAAGGUGCAGCAGGACCUUCAGUAGCCCCAGAGAAGGUCCCUGAAAAUGAUGGCUACAUGGAGCCCUAUGAGGCCCAAAAGAUGAUGGCUGAGAUCCGGGGCUCCAAGGAGACGGCAACCCAGCCCUUGCCACUGUAUGACACACCCUAUGAGCCAGAGGAGGAGGGGGUCACCCCAGAAGGUGAGGGAGCCACUUGGCCCCGGGAGUCCCGCCUGCCUGAGGAUGAUGAGAGGCCCCCAGAGGAGUAUGACCAGCCCUGGGAGUGGAAGAAGGAGCGGAUUUCCAAAGCCUUUGCAGUUGACAUAAAGGUCAUCAAAGACCUACCUUGGCCUCCGCCCGUGGGACAGCUGGACAGCAGCCCCUCCCUGCCUGACGGGGACAGGGACAUCUCCGGUCCAGCCUCACCCCACCCUGAGCCCAGCCUGGAGGACAGCAGCGCCCAGUUUGAAGGACCAGAGAAGAGCUGCCUGUCACCUGUCCGGGAGGAGAAAGGGCGGCUACCUCCCCGACUCUCUGCAGGGAACCCUAAGUCAGCCAAGCCUCUAGGCCCAGAGCCCAGCAGCCCCCUGGGGGAGUGGACAGACCCAGCACUGCCUCUGGAAAACCAGGUCUGGUACCACGGGGCCAUCAGCCGAACAGACGCCGAGAACCUGCUCCGGCUGUGCAAAGAGGCCAGCUACCUGGUGCGCAACAGUGAGACCAGCAAGAAUGACUUCUCUCUCUCCCUCAAGCGUCCUGACAUAUCUGAGAGACAGCCCCUGCUCUGUAGGAGGAAACCAACAAGCUGCAGCAUCCAGUUGAGAAGGAUUCUGUCACUCACUAGCUGUGUGAUCUGGGGCCCCCUUAUCCUCUGUAGGCCUCAGUUGCCUUAUAAUAAAAUGGAAUGGUAAUAUUCGCCAUAGGGAAGGAUUAAAUGAAAUAAUAUAUGAGAUGCACUUAGCAUGGUGCUCAAUAAAUUAUCACCAUCACCAUUGUUAAUGGAAGUACAAGAUGUUCCAGAAGUGCAGACAAGGAGAUAGAGGAGCUUUGGCUGAGGGAGUCUUAAAGGAUAAGAUGGGAGGCUGGGACUUGGGAGGAGGACAGGGCAGUAGACACAGAGCUACUCCUGUUUACUCUGAGGAAGUAUAUGUUUGGAGCAGAGUCCUGGAAGAGGUGGCAGAGGCUGGGCCCUCCCUUUCUGUUAGCCCUGCUCCCUAUAACAAAUAUGCACAGUCCAGCCUCAGCCUUCUAGGUUUCCUGGGGGACCAACCAGUCUGCCUUUUGGUGACCAGGAGUUCUGCAGACCACCUGAGGCAACCAUUUUACUUCCCCACUUUACCAGCAGACACCUACCUACACCACUUUGUACUGCAUUCUCUGAGGGCAUUAGAUAUAGGUACAUACCCCCCCCCUUAUUUAAGCAAAUCCAAUCUGUGGAAAUGUGGGAUUACUGAACCUGAUACCUUUAGGGGAUGAUUAUUCAACUUUACUGAAAGAUUGUGGAAAAAGUACCAAACCAUGGUUAGGUAACUUGAGUUCUCUUCUUGAGUUUGAUAAAACUGUGUGACCUUAGACAAACCCCUUAACCUCUCUGGCCUUGGUUUCUCCAUUUGCAAAUCUUUUAGAACACUCUUAGAUUUCUUCCAGCUUUCAUAUUCUAGGGGUUUGCAGAUUAUAAAACCAAAGGAGCACUUUGGAAAAAUUCAUUUGUCAAAAUUUUGAUUUAUAUAACUUUAGGUGAGUAUAUUACUUUAAAAAUUGUAGUUAAAAUUAAUGGAGCAUACCCAAGCAGCAUGUAUACCAUCUCCAAACCAACUACCAUCCUGCCAGAUAGAUCUCCUUUAUACACAUUCAAGAGGUUUGUGACUUGGUCAAGGUCCCUAACAGGGCAUGGCUGUGCCCACCUAUAGACCCAUCUACUCAGGAGGGAGACUUGAGGCAGGAGGAUCACCUCAGCCCCAGAGUUCAAGGCAACAUAGACCAUGUCUCAAAAUAAAAUAAAAAAUAAAUAAAUACAAAUAAAGUCCCCACAUUGGAAUUUGAACCCAGCUGUGUCUGACUCUUAAGAACACAGUUGGGGUGACUGGCUCCACCCCUCAUCAAGUGCCAAAUGCCUGGAGUCUGGUACUGUCCAGUGUCUGGCUCCCUGGGGAGGAACUAAGGAGUAGAGCUAAACCAGGAAUGGAGGGCUGCCUUUUACUACUGGGGAGUGAAAAGGGGAGCCCUUCCUGGACGCCUGCUCCAGCCCUGGCUGGUCAGACCUCCCCAGCAUCUGUCUGCCAGAGCCUCGUUUGCAUAUAAAUGGUUUCUCUGAAAUACAAUUAUGGUUUCUCUUUUCUCCCUAAUGGAAGGGCUUUCACUGGUAAUUAAACAGC